AUGGCAGAAAUAACGAUUAUCAACUGGGCAGACGGCAUCAAGGAAGAACAGCUCAUCGACCUGGCCAAAGUGGUUGCUGUCCUACCCGCACAGUCCUGGCACCGUGCUUACAUCGACAAGACGCGCAGAGUCAUCCACGUGCAAAGAGCCAAUGAGCUUGACAUCCCGACCCACCUGGACCUCCCCCAGAAGCACUUCAAACACAACCUCUGCGCAGAUGGUGGUUUUCUGACAUGGGCAAUACCUACGGAAUCCAGCCGUCGUGCAGUCGUCUUCAGACGGAUUCCCCGCGGCGAGUUCAUCGUUACCUGCAACUUGCAAGCCCAACGCGACUUCAUGCAAGCUGCCUUCACCACUGCAUUCUCUUGCGAAGACAUCGGCGAGGUGAAUUGUUUCGGAUGCAGAAAUGUUACAAUGGCCACCUUAGUGAGAAGAGCAUCCAGAGCAGCUGUACGAGCCGGCAAACUUCGCUCCCAAAAUCAGCGCAUCCGAGUGGUGCUUCGAGGUCACAACCAGCCUGUCCAAGCCUCGGCAAUUCUGUGGUCAAACGAGAUUCGACAGAGGCCAGCCAAACGUCGACUCCGCAUGAAGACUGACAUGUCCGCGCACAAUCUCAAAGAUACCAUGCAGAAGCUGCAAAGCAGCUGA